AUGUCGUUCCUCAUCGAGAGCACAGCUGUCGGUCAACUGUCAACUCUCAGCUUUAGUAACAUCCUCCAGGCUCUCCUGGGCACACUCCUCGUGUAUGCCGUUCUGAACAGUCUUUAUAAUAUCUACCUACAUCCUCUCUCUCGUUUCCCGGGCCCCAAACUCUGGCAAACCAGCUACAUCUUCCGCCACACUGCCAGCAUCAGAGGCACUCUCGACGUAUCCAUCAAGGCAUUCCAUGCCAAAUACGGACCGGUCGUCCGCUAUUCACCGGACGAACUCUCCUUUAUCUCCGCAGAAGCGUGGAAGGACAUCUACGGCUUCCGCGAGCACGCCCUUCCCAAAGACCCAUCCUUCUACGGCCUCAUCCAGCUCUCCCGGGAUAAGAGCCCUAGCAUCUUCACAGCAGACCAGGAUCAUCAUCCGCGCGUCCGGAAGGCUCUCUCCUACGCGUUCUCAGAAAAAGCUCUCCGCGAUCAGGAGCCUUUUGUCAAACGCUAUGUUGAUCUGCUUAUACAGCGACUGCGGGGCAUAGCCGACGCGGAGGACAACAGGAUCGAUCUUGUGGAGUGGUACAAUUUUACCACGUUUGAUAUCAUCGGUGACUUAGCCAUCGGAAGAUCAUUCAAUUGCCUCCAAGACUCCGCUUAUCAUUCAUGGGUGGACGCAUUCUGGAAAAGCAUCAAGAUAAGCCCCUAUGCCAGGGCCAUGGCCACAUACACGGACGUGCAGCGGCUCCUCAGACUGUUUGCCCCGCGGGCAUUGAAGGAAGCCAGACUCAGACACCUCCAGUACGUCGGUGUCCAUACAGAGGAGCGGUUAGCGCGGGGAAUCCUGCGCGACAAGCCAGACUUCAUCUCGUAUAUACUCCGAAGCAAAGGAACUGCGGACGAGCUGACGGACGGUGAGGUCGAAGCAAACGUCAACUUCCUGCUCCUAGCCGGUACGGAAACAACCGCGACAGCACUAUCAGGGACAACGUACUACCUGCUCAAAAACCCGGAGGUGCUGAGAAAAGCAACGGCCGAAGUGCGAAGCGCGUACAACAGCGAGGAUGAGAUCACUUUUGCCACCACCGCUGAACGACUCCCCUACAUGCAGGCCUGUCUGACAGAGGGGCUGCGCAUCUACCCACCAGGCCCCAUUGCCGCGCCGCGGCGGACUCCACGAGGCACGGUGACGUGGAUUGCGGGCCAUCCUGUGCCAGGGGGUGUCAGUGUGGGGGUUCAUGCAUGGACGGCGUCAAAUAGUCCGUUGAAUUUCCACCGGCCGGCCGACUUCAUCCCUGAGCGGUGGCUUUCUACCUCGACAAUGGACCCGGCUUCGCCGUUUCAGAGCGAUGAUCGUGCUGCCUCUCAGCCGUUCAGUGCGGGGCCCCGUAACUGUCUGGGAAAGGCAUUCGCGCUGAAUGAGAUGCGAGUCAUUCUGGCGCGGAUGUUGUGGAAUUUUGACCUGAAAAUGUUACCGCAGAGUGAUGGGUGGGAGAGGCAGAAGAUUUUCACCUUGUGGGAUAAGGGACCGUUGAUGGUUGAACUGAGGGAAAUUCGGUCAAGUCUCACCAAGUAA